GCCGGGGCGGCCUUAGGGUCAGUGUCGAUGGCAGAGUGUGUGGGAGAGUGAUGGCCAGGAAGCGGAUUAAGGAAAGGACUCUCAGAGGCAGUUGUGUGGUUCAGUGGUGGCUGGUUUCGUAUCUGCAUUGUUCUGUGAACCUUGGGGAGGUUGUUGGCUCACCGGUUGCAUUUUUUAUUGUGGCUAUUAUUUAAUGAAGUAAAUUGGGGUCAGGGGUUUAUGCUCAGUAGAGCAGUUUUGAGAAAGAAAGGGGUUAACCCUAAAGGCCGAGAUGCACACGCGAAGCUGCGAAAUAAGCUGAGGUAUGCAGGAGGAUCACUCACUGGCACAGGAGAGAGUGGCAAAAGCACGUUUAUCAAGCAGAUGAGAAUCAUUCAUGGAUCAGGCUACUCUGAUGAAGACAAAAAGGGCUUUACAAAACUGGUGUACCAGAAUAUAUUCACAGCAAUGCAGGCCAUGAUCAGAGCCAUGGAUACUCUCAAAAUCCCAUACAAGUAUGAACAUAACAAGGCUCAUGCACAGUUAGUUCGAGAAGUCGAUGUAGAGAAGGUGUCAACUUUUGAGAACCCAUACGUAGAUGCAAUAAGAAGCUUAUGGAAUGACCCUGGAAUUCAGGAGUGUUAUGAUAGACGACGGGAGUAUCAGUUAUCAGACUCAACUAAAUACUAUCUUAAUGACUUGGACCGCAUAGCAGAUUCCACCUAUCUGCCAACUCAGCAGGAUGUUCUCAGAGUUCGAGUCCCAACAACAGGGAUCAUCGAAUAUCCAUUUGACUUACAGAGCGUCAUUUUCAGAAUGGUGGAUGUAGGAGGCCAACGAUCGGAGAGAAGAAAAUGGAUACAUUGCUUUGAGAACGUCACAUCUAUCAUGUUCCUAGUAGCACUUAGUGAAUAUGAUCAAGUGCUUGUGGAAUCAGAUAAUGAGAAUCGAAUGGAAGAAAGCAAAGCACUGUUUAGGACAAUUAUCACAUAUCCAUGGUUUCAGAACUCUUCAGUCAUUCUGUUCUUAAAUAAGAAAGAUCUCUUAGAGGAGAAAAUUAUGUACUCCCAUCUAGUUGAUUAUUUUCCAGAGUAUGAUGGACCACAACGAGAUGCACAGGCGGCACGAGAAUUUAUCCUGAAGAUGUUCGUGGACCUAAAUCCUGACAGUGACAAAAUUAUCUACUCCCACUUCACAUGCGCUACAGACACAGAGAACAUCCGCUUCGUCUUUGCUGCUGUCAAGGACACGAUCCUACAGUUAAACCUGAAAGAGUACAACCUGGUCUGACUGUGCCUAAGAGGCCCUCCAAAACCAACUUCACGGGAUUGAAGAUACACAAGAGGGACUGUAUUAUCUGUGAAAACAAUUUGCAUAAUACUAAUUUAUUGCUGGCCUGGACUCUGUGAAUGUCCACAGAGUUUGUAGUUAAUAUUAUGAUUUUAUUUAAAAUAUACUGAGGAAAAACAAAAGAUGCUGAAGUACGUUCACAGCACAUUUCCUCAUUUUUUUAGGCAAAACCUUGUGACUCAAUGUGUUUUAAAUUCUCAGUCUUGCAUUUACACAGGAUAGCAGGUUUUCGCUGUUGAAGCAAAACCAAGCUGGUUUCCUCUCCCUGACCCUUUUCUCUCUCCCUUCUUCCCGUCAUACCUUUUACAAGGUACAGUGGCUUGCUUUUUUUUGCUUUUUUUCCUUUUCUCUCUCUUUUUUUUUUUUUUUUUUUUUUUUAAUUCCCCAGUUGCAUUCCUGGGUGAAAUAUAUUCUGUUGAGUGUUUUGGUCAGGGAAAUGCUAUCAUCACAGUUUAAGUCAUCAGUCAUUGUAAUUUUACAGUAUGUACUUUCUCUGAAUGAUCAAAAGUGUUGAUACUGUGAUUUUUAAAUUCUUGCUAUGGGUAUCUUCAUUCUGUCUCCACUUUUGAGACUAGAAUAUUGGAAUUGAAAGUAGAGUUACAGAUGUCUAAGGAUAUUAACCAUAUUUUCACAGUUUGGGGAAGGAGCACAGAAGACAGAAAUGAAAUAGUUAAGACACAAUGUGGGAUGUAUGUGUAAUAUGUUAGAAUCUGUUUUUAAUUGCCAUGUGCCAUGUUUUUCUCUCUUUUAUUCACGAAUGCCAAAUAGAAAUGUCAUAGACACUACAUUUUCCCCAGUGGCUACAGCCUGAAACAGUGGGGGUGUUUUUUUCAGUUGUGUGUGCUUUUUUCCUUAAGUUAGAGCUUUUUUAAGUGUUCUUUUUCCACAGUAGAAGAAUUAUUUUUAUUGUAUAAAAUUAUUGUUGCCAAAUCUGGCUUUUUUGUAAAAACAGUGCUCUUGAAACAGAAGAUACUGAUUGAAAUGCCAAACUGAUUGGUUGGGAACUGACUGACUGAGUCAACUGCCAAAUGAUAAAAAAACAGAGUUUCAGCCUAUGUGUUCCCUUUUUAAGAAAGUGUUCUAUUUUCUAAUGUCAUAACCAACAGUGUGAGUGAGUAAGCUGUGAGGUGCACCAUGCACAUGCCUGUGGUCUACUGAUGUAAAGACAGCUUAAAUCUCUCCUUAUGUCAGAUAUGGCAUGAGAUUGUUUUCUGUAAUACCAAGGCACUUUUAGUUGUAAAGCAAGAAAAUUGUUUAUGGAGGAUGACCUUUAGGAGCCUUUCUUUACAAGGUUGCUUGUUAGCUAACUGAUUCUCAGACAUCUGUUAGGCUUUCAUUCAGAACAGCCUCUCUCGGAACACUUCAGCAAGGUGAAACAGUGAGGAAAAUUUUGCUUGAAAUUUAAAUGUGCAAUUUUUUUAACAACAGAAAUGCAGCGCACAUUGAUGGGCCUUUAUUCUGCAGCUUAAGUUGAAAGGUCAUUUUUGAUUGGGUCCAUGAUGGAUAGCAAGCUCUAGAAAACUCAAGAGUUGAGACAUGAUUGGAUCGAUUAUCUGCAAUAUCAAAUAGCAAUAUAGAGUAUGUCACACAGAAAUUACUGCCUUAUAAACAGCAGAUGGGAGAUGGAAAAAAGAAUGGCUUGUUAGUUGAUUACCAAAGUUAACAAUAAAUACUAAUGAGACGUUUUUCAUCCUUAACCCUCCCAACUCCAAAACAACAAUAAUAACAGUUGCUAUUUUUCACUCCCUCUUGAAACACCUUGUAAUUUAAAACUGGUUGUAGGUAUAGUGCAAUUAUGAGUGCUAUAAUCAUUGUACAUACAUACAUAUCUAUCUAUAUAUAUAUAUACACACACAUAUAUAUAUAUGGCAGCAUCCAUACUGGCUUUGUAAUCAUUAAUUUUUGGCAAAUUGAAUGUGCUGUAUUGAUAUGUAUCUAUGUAAUUGUAUGUCUUAUAGCUAAUUCACAUUUUAAAUAAUGUUAUUUACUUUUUUAAGAGAGAAGAAUGUAAAAUUUGUCAGUUUAUUUCUGACUAGGGAUCUGUUGUUGUUUUUUUAUUUACAAAAGAAAAAAAAUUACUAUAGUACAGAGCGGUACUAGCAUCGUGCUGUAUAAAAUCAUUUGCACAUUCCUGAGUAGAAGUAAAUUAGAGACACCCAGGUAGAGGCCAUGCACGUUCAAAUUAAUGCUUAAAUCUUGUCAGGGCUUUAAGCAGGUCUUACUGGAAACACUUAUGCCAUUGUGUCUAGAUUGGAACACAAGCUUUUAAAUGUAAAUUUAAUUUAUUUUUGACAGAUUCACUUUAGGUUACUUUUCUGAUAGGCUUUAUUAUAAAAGUAAAUUUAGAGAUAUUUCAAACCACUGUACAUAUUUACUAAUCAGCAUAUACUAUUGCCCUGAAAAUAUCAUGGAAAAAUAACAGAACAUCAAAUUGAUGAAACAGUCUCUCAGAAGCUGCAGAAAUCUUAAGUAUAUAGCAACAACAAGCAAAAAGUCACUAUUGUUAAUGAUUUUAAGGAAUUAAGGUUUUCUAUUUAAUAAAACUAAAGCAGGUAGAUCUAGGUUAUAAAAAGCAACACUGACUUUCUGAAUAGGGGAUCAGAGCAGUAGCUCUUGCACACAGCAUAACAAAAUUGGUCCUAAACUUGGUGUAAAUGCAUCAGAGCUGCUGUUUUCUCAGUUCCAGUGUUGACAAAUAUCCCUUCCUUUACCCUGGGAAUACAUUUUCUGUGCUGGAUUCAUUGUAAUAAAAGGAACUGUAACAAAAAAGAGGAAAAAAAAAAAAAGGAAGAAAACCCAGACAGUGCUGCCUAACAAAGGUUUGGGUUGGGUGUUUUUGGUUUGGUUUGUUUUCUUAUGGGGUUUGAGAUGAGAGAGAAGGAAAUGUGGUUCUGAGUUUUGUGUAAAAACAAAACCAGUUUAUUCAUGCUUUACAGAUAUAUAGUGAUAGCAAAAGUUUUCAAGAGUACGUAUCACUGGGCUACUUCUGGUAUUUUAGGUAAUUUGAGCAUGUUCUGGGGAAAAAAUAAUCAGCAUGCCAAGGCAAGCUUUACAUGAAUCACCUGACACAGCAUUGCGGUGUGACAGUUUACAAAAACAUUUCCUUUUCAUGUGACACAGCUGUUCCUGCCUGCAGUAUACUCCAUUGUGGUGGUGGUGCUGUUGUUUUAACUGGUGGUUUCUACUAUGCCUUACAGUGCUUAAGUCCAGAAGCUUGUGCCUCUAAUAUGAAGCCGAAGGCAAAAACAUCAAGACAGAAUCCUUUUUAACUUUGCCAAAACAAUGUGAUUUCUUUGAAUGUCAUACGUGGGGGAGGAGGGAGGGAAAAUGUCUUGGGAAUCCAUGUAUUCUAAAUAUUCACUAGCACAAGAAAGCUGUAAUACAUGUUUUACAGAAACCUUAAACUUGCCUUUUUCACAAAUCUAACUGGCGCUGUCCUUAACAUAUGCAGGAUGAUGCAGCUAUAAGGGCAGUUUACUUUUUGUAAUUCAGACUCUCUUGAUUGUCAAGGUGUAUGGACUGUAAUUUUUAAUCAUACUGCCACAUGAUUGUGAAUCACUUUUUUUUAAGUUUGAGAGUGGAAAAGAGACUUCUAUGCUGGUUAUCAGUCAGAAUUGACUACAUUUGCAAAAACUCUAAAUGGAGGGAAAAAGGGCUGCAUAUAAAAUCAUUGCUAGACCCCCCAGCUUUUGGUUGUGAGGUGCAGAAGACUUUCAGAUCACUCAACCUCAUGAUCCUUUCCUUAUUACACGUGCUUCACAAAAGAGUGAAAUACUAGGAGAAAACAAAGACAUGUUACCCCACAUGAAGAAGAAUAAAUUUAGCCAAUUAAUUUAUUAUAUGUGCUGCUGUUCUUGGAGCUCUGUGCAUGGUUAUCCUGCAGACCAUUGCAUUAGUGAAGUGAUGAAGUGUGCACUGCAUAUUAACAAAACCUACAAAUUACCUACCUCUAGCUAAGAGACCAGUAAAGUGAAUAUGUUUUGGAGAGACCAUUGUAAGUUAGGAAAUAAAAUUCUCUGGUGUAGGUAAUUAACACAGUAUUUUAGAAGUACACACUUUUGUAAAUACAGUCCCUCGUUUGACAUAGACCAUAAAUUCUAAAGUCUAAUACGCAUCAAACAACUAAACCCAUCUGUCCCUGUCCAGUUUGUUAGCUUAGUAGAGGUUUUGCAAAAACGUGGUUAGUUUUGAGAAGAGGAGCUACUGACACUUCCUCUUUUUUUUGCUUUUGAUUACCUAUAACAUUUAAGAGUUUUAUCAAUCAGAAACAUUUCUAGGUAGUGAAGACUACAUUGAGGGUCACUAUUUAGCUAGUUUAAUGGAUUUUACUCUACAGUUCCACUCAAGCUUUUUCACAGUAGCCAUACUGCAGGGAAAAAAAAAUAAUAGAAGGGGAUUUUUAAGAUAGUGUAAAAAAUAAGUCAACCAAAUGAAUCUUGCUGUAAUUCUAUUGGUUUGAUUUUUUUAUAUCAAAGUACAGUUUAAGUCUGUUGUUGGAUUCCUUAUUUACCAUGCUGCAGGAAAUUCUUAUUUGACCAAUAUUUGAAUUUUCUUUUGAGAGGGUGUGUCUGACACACUUUUAAACUCACAGUGUUCAAAAAUAAAAAUCUUAUUUGCUGUUCUUAGAGUGUCAAAUGCAUGUAUUGUGUGGUGUUUGAGGGACAGCUUCUUUUUUUUUUUUAAUGUUGUACAGUUGCUGCCCCUCUAAAACGUUGCUGGUUAAAAAUACAAUUUUGACUAUAACCCGGUACUACAGUAUCUUCAUUCCUUGAAAUGUAGCCUUUCUGAAAAAUCCUUUUGGGCUUACUGUUUUCACAGAAUGCUUCUUUCUGUGAUAAGUGACAGAUAGAUCUGUUAUUCCAUUAUUACUUUUAAAUUAUAUGUGCUCUGUCAUUAUUGUCUAAAUACUAACAUUUACAGCCAGAAUGUUCAAAACAUAAAAGGUUUGUUACAAAGAGACAGUCACCUGACAGUAUUACUAAAGGGCUUUCUUGGCUUGUGCUACAGUGGGAACUCAGAAGCAUGGGGAGAAGAAACCACAGUCUAUAUCUCAACAAUAGAAAAUGUUCAGAAUUUGUAGACAGGUGAAUUUCUUCAGCAUCUAUUCUGUCUGACUGCAGUAGUAUUGCAAGAGCAGGAUAUGUCUUUGAUUUGUCUUGUUCACCUUUGUGAUGAUAGGAAUAAUGGAAGGAUGCCCAUGUGUUGCUUUCCAGGAGUUUGGCUCAUACCUGACCAACAGUCAGUGGAUGUCAGAUCCUUAUUAGUGAAGAAAUAGAAUUUUAGGCCAGUUGCAGAAAUGAGUGUGUUUUCUACUGUAUGAUCACAGCAGUUUACCUAAGAUUCUUGGAGUCAAAAAAGUUCACCUAAGCAACAGCUUGAGUGAAUAGUUAACUGAUUUUUCUUUCUUACAGACUGUAAGGAAGAGAAGGGUCAGUGGGGAAGGAUUUAUUUUGUCUUUAUGUCUCAGUGAAGAUAAUGUCCACAAAAAUACCAUGUAAGUGGUGAUAUUUAGGUGCGUGAAAUAGAUGUAGAAACUGUAUCUGUGUGAUAAAUUGUGCAUAGUUGUGACAAAACCUUACAUACUACAAUCACAUCACCUAGUUGCCAACUGCUUUAUAAAAUACUAUCCAAAACAUCUAGGAGCUCCAGAGUAUUUGUAGAUUGCACAAAACACACGGUGGCCAGCUCCUCAGGAGCACAUCUGGCAUCAGCAGCUGGUAUCAAAGCAGCUGUCCUCCUCACAUAGCUCAUUGCUAACGAAAGGAACUACCCUCCAAGACCUCCUCAGUCCCUAGUUCUCAGCUGCGUGGAGUUCUCCCUCUUCACAUCAGCCCUACCACUUUGCCAGCCAAUAAAUUAGGUGAAUAAACCCAGUCACCUUUGACUGGUUUAGUAGUCUAAUUUUCAAGGGUUCCAGCUGAUUUAGCAAAUCUGCUGUUCAGACAAGUGCUAAGAUGACUAAGUGGAAAGAGGUAAAAUAGUGUUGCCAAAGGCACAGAGGUUAGGGGGAAAGGGAAUUACUCUCCUUGCUGUCAAAAACUAAUCCUGAGCAGCUUGUAGUAUCUAAAAUUUUCAUUUUAUGCACUUCAUGGACUAUUUGCUAUUCUGACUUGGAAGCAUUGCUCUUCUGUCUUUGAAAGGUCUUCAUUGCUUUGUCCUGGAAAAAAAAAAUGAUAGGACAUGUGAAACUCUUUUCUGCUCCUCUUUAAGAAUGACGACUUCGUGUAAAUAUGGAUUAACCCAAAACAUAGACUAAAGCUGACAAUUUGGUGGUGGGGAUGGCAAAAUAGAAGACUUCUCUCCCAUGGGAGGAAAAAAAAAUAAAGAAGUUUUCUUUCUUAAAAUGUUUUAAAUGCCAUUGAAGGUUUACUCUGUCUUUUUCCAAAGCACUUUUCCCUUCUCCAUUCAUACUUAUCUAUCACACCAAUUAAUUGCUUCCUGACAUCUAAAGAAAGUAUUUUUAUGGUACUGCUUUCUGUGUGUACACACUGGAAUACUUUCUGAUCCUUGUGAAUUAAAUGUAAAUUGGUCUACUAAAACUGAACAAUUGAUGAAGUAUAAUACAGCUGAAGACUACCCCUUUUGUGUUCCUGACAUCUUGUUAUGUUGGCUUUGGGUUUUGGGUUUAUCUGUUCUGGGUUUUUUGUUGUUUGUUGGGACUUUUUGUUUGGGUUUUUACUUGGUGGUGGUUCAGUUGUUGUUUUGGUUGGAUUUUUUGUUUUGGUUUGUUUUUUUUAUCUUUAUCCUGUUUCCCUGAAGGGAGGCUGUAACCAGGAGAGAGUUGGUCUCUUCUCCCAGGCAACCAGCAACAGAGCAAGGGGGCACAGUCUUAAGUUGUGCUGGGGGGAGGUAUAGGCUGGAUACUAGGUGGAAUUUCUUCACAGAGAGAGUGAUUUGCCAUUAGAAUGGGCUGCCCAAGGAGGUGAAGGAGUCACUGUCCCUGCAGGUAUUCAAGAAAAGACUGGAUGAGGCACUUAGUGCCAUGAUCUAGUUGACUGGAUAGGCCUGGGUGAUAGGUUGAACUGGAUGAUCUUGGAAGUCUCUUCUAACCUGGUUGAUUCUGUGAUUCCAUAAGAAGAAGACUGCUUGACAUAUCAGAUUUGGUUCUGGUAACCAUGACAGAAUUAAUUAUAUUGGCAUAUCCAGUUAGUCUCAACUAAUUGGAUAUGCCAGUAUAAUCAAAAACUGUAACACACUUAGUUGUAAUACAGUCUCAACUGAAGAGUAUAGCAGGCUAGUGUGAGCCAAACUGAGCCAAAAUACCCAUUCUAAUAUGUCAUUUGCAUUAAUAGAGAACUGUUUGCCAAGAUACUCCUGAAUAUAUGCUUCCCCCCCCCCAUGCAGUCUUGUAUAAGGUGAUUAAUGCAACAAACAAAACUGACACGAUAUGCAUUAGUUUAACAAUAAAUUACCUUGUAUUCUCGCUGAGACAAGUUAUUGCAUAAGAUUACUUUAUAAGAUACUAACAGAAAAAGACAACUUGCAUGCAGCAAAUAUCUUGGAUAUUGCACUUUUAUACAUUUAUUAUAAAGAGGACUCACACCCUACAAAUAAAAUUCCAUGUAUCUGAAGAUGAA